CCGCCCACAAACGACGAUGCAGAUCUUCGUGAAGACCGUCACCGGGGAGACUCUCACGCUCGAGGUCGAGAGCAGCGACACGAUUGACAGCGUAAAGGCCCAGAUCCAGCACAAGCAAGGAGUCAUCGGCACCUCCGACGGCCAUGACGACGACCGGCAUCAUCAGCUGCCAUCUCUCGUCUUCGCCGGGAAGCAGCUAGACGAGGAGGGCGGACGAACGCUGGCCGACUACGGUAUUGGCAAGGAGUCGACGCUGCAGCUCACGCUCGGCCUCCGCGGCGGCUACCCCUACAACGGCCGCGGCUACUACCCCUGGUUCGAGGACCGCAGCCUCCAGGCGCUUGCGCUCAGCUACAACUUGAAGAAGAUGAUCUGCCGCAAGUGCUAUGCUCGCCUUCCUCCGAGGUCCACCAACUGCCGCAAGAAGAAGUGUGGCCGCAGCAGCGACCUGAGGCCGAAGAAAACGUAUCGCUGCUGGUGACAAGCAACUUCACCAGGCCAGCAAUGUCGACUUGCAAACUACCACGA